AUGAGGCGGAUCCGCACCUGGUUCCCGGUCGGUGUCAGGACCGAAGUCAAAGAGCUGUGUAAACUGGCCGGACCAGUGACUCUGUCCCAGCUCAUGGUGUUUAUGGUGAGUUUUGUCAGCACCAUCUUCUGUGGUCAUCUGGGGAGGACCGAGCUGGCAGGAGUGUCUUUGGCCAUCGCAGUUAUCAAUGUGACAGGUAUAUCCAUCGGGAUUGGUAUGUCAUCGGCAUGUGACACACUCAUUUCUCAGACCUUUGGGAGUCACAACCUCCUGAGAGUCGGGGUCAUCCUGCAGCGGGCCAUCCUCAUUUUGAUUCUGACGUGUUUCCCCUGCUGGGCGGUCCUCAUCAACACGGAGCUCAUUCUGUUGGCGGUCAGACAGAAAGCGGAGGUGGCCAGGUUGGCUCAGCUGUACGUCAACAUUUUCAUGCCAGCACUUCCUGCUACAUUUAUGUUUGAAUUGCAGACCAAAUAUCUACAAAACCAGGGCAUCAUAUGGCCACAGGUCAUCACAGGCUUCGUGGUCAAUCUCUUCAACGCUCUCAUUAACUACAUCGUUCUCAACUUAUUCAAUAUGGGAGUAGACGGCUCUGCUUUAGCCAACACUCUCUCCCAGUUCCUCAUGGCCGGACUUCUCUUUGCUUACAUCAUCUGGCAAGGUCUUCACAAGGCCACCUGGUCAGGCUGGUCCAAACAGUGCCUGCUGGACUGGAGCUCGUACAUCCACUUGGCCGUGCCCGGCAUGAUCAUGUUGUGCGUGGAGUGGUGGACGUAUGAGAUCGGAAGUUUACUGGCAGGUCUGAUCAGUGAGGUGGAACUCGGCGCUCAGUCGGUCGUGUAUGAGCUGGCAAAUGUUGCAUACAUGUUCCCAUUUGGUUUUAGUGUAGCAGGCAGUGUAAGAGUGGGACAAGCUUUGGGAGCCGGACAAACCGAGCAGGCCAAGCUGUCUGCCAAGAUGACAGUUAUCUGUGCAGCGUCAGUGUCUGUGUGUUUGGCGAUUCUCAUCGGGACUCUGAAGAAUCAUAUCUCAUAUAUUUUUACAUUUGAUGAACAAAUCAGGGAAAGAGUCGCUGAUGUCAUAUCCUUCUACGCUCCAUUCGUUCUCCUGGAUGCAAUUUCAGCUGCCGUGGAUGGCGUUAUACAAGGAGCCGGUAAACAGAGAGUUGGGGCUAUUUGCAACUUUAUCGGGUUUUAUGGCAUUGGUUUCCCGAUCGGCGUGCCACUGAUGUUUGCAGCCAAAUUAGGAAUCAAGGGUCUGUGGACAGGCUUGUUUAUAUGUGUGGCCCUGCAAUCCGCAUUCCUCAUUUUCUACCUUAUAAGAAUGAACUGGACUAAAGUGACAGUCGAGGCUCAAGUCCGAGCGGGGGUGAUUGAGAGCUCCACAGAAACAAGUCCGCAGUCAGAUGAUCAAAGUGACUACAAUGACAAAACAGACAUAGUGGAGCUGGUUGACAUGAAGAUGAAGCUGAGUCACCGGGCUGCGGUUCUGCGAAGGGGGAUGGUUCUGGUCGGCAUGCUUUUUAUCUUAGCUGCUGGGAUCAUCGUGAACCUAGUGAUCACCAAACUGGUGACAUGA